CACAUCGAGCAAGUCGAGCAGCAGAUUGCACGGCAUCCCGUCAUCCAGCAGCUUCGACAACGCACCGACCUCAUCGAGUCUCGACCGCAUCUCAAGAUUCACGAAGCGGAUAGACCGCAUAACUUGACGGCAGGGACACUGGCUGGACCUGGGAGAAUUACCAUUGCACCGCACGUCUUUGGGGACAGGCAAGGGACGGAACUCUAUGUUGUGGCACACCUUGGUGCAGACUUGUGUGGGCACGAUGGCAUCGUCCAUGGCGGUCUGCUUGCCACUUUGUUGGAUGAGGGACUGGCACGUUGCUGCUUCCCUGCACUGCCAAACAAGAUUGGUGUGACGGCCAACUUGAAUGUCGACUAUCGCAAACCCACCAAGGCCAAUCAACUCGUCAUGCUCAAGGCAAAGACACUCAAGGUAGAGGGACGCAAAGCAUGGGUCGAGGGUAAAAUUGUCUCAAUGGAUGCAGAUAAGGAAGGAGAUACGCUGGUGCAAGCCAAAGCACUCUUCGUUGAACCGAAAUACGCAGCUCUUAUG